GUCUUUGUCUCCGUGGCCGCGCGGGGUGUGGACUACGCCGCAGAGGCCGAGGAAGCCGCCAAAGAGGCCUGGAAGCAUGCGAAGGACUUGGCGAAAUCCUCCAAGGACACAGCAAAGAUCGCAGAGGAAGUAAAGGCAGCUGGCAAAGGAGCGAAGAAGGCCAUGGAGAAGGCCAAGGAGAUGGACGAGAAGAUGACGGAGCUCUACGAGUCCACCAAAGCCGCGACCAAGUCGGCCGCUUCCGAGGCAGCCAUGGUCCACUUCCAGGAGAUCAAAGCUGCUGGUGCGCAAGCUGCCGCGGAG